UUCAGCACUGGGGAUACCAAUCUAUGCACCAAAAAAAUGUCUAACACUAGGGCCAAGAUUACUUUCUAUGAAGACAAAAAUUUUCAAGGCCGCCACUAUGAUUGCAAUUGUGACUGUGCAGAUUUCCACAUGUACCUGAAUCGCUGCAACUCCAUUAGAGUGGAAGGGGGCACCUGGGUUGCGUAUGAAAGGCCUAACUUUUCUGGGCACAUGUACAUCUUACCCCGGGGUGAGUACCCUGAAUACCAGCACUGGCUGGCCCUCAAUGACCGCCUCGGCUCCUGCAGAGCUGUUCAUCUGUCUCGCGGAGGCCAGUAUAAGAUUCAGAUCUUUGAGAAAGGGGAUUUUAAUGGUCAGAUGUAUGAAACCACUGAAGAUUGUCCUUCCAUCAUGGAGCAAUUUCACAUGCAAGAGGUCCACUCCUGUAAAGUGCUGGAGGGUGCCUGGAUCUUCUACGAGCUCCCCAGCUAUCGUGGCAGGCAGUACCUCCUGGACAAGAGGGAGUACCGGAAGCCCAUCGACUGGGGUGCAGCUUCGCCUGCUGUCCAGUCUUUCCGCCGUGUUGUGGAGUAAUGGCAUGGAUGGGGCCACAAGCUUCUUCCUGGCAGCCUAAUGCUGGCUGGCUUUGUCAUUCAAGUAAGCAUUAUAAAUAAAACAAUUGUCAUGCAUUCCACUCUUGACUGUAAUGCCUCUCCUUAAACACUUUUA